AUGCCUCCAAAAGUAAAGAAACAAAAAGAAGUUGUUAAAGAUGAAAGAUUACAAGCAAUUGUUUUAACUGAUUCUUUUGAAACAAGAUUUAUGCCAUUAACUUCAGUUAAACCAAGAUGUUUAUUACCAUUAGCUAAUGUUCCAUUAAUUGAAUAUACUUUAGAAUUUUUAGCUAAAGCUGGUGUUGAUGAAGUUUAUUUAAUGUGUUCAGCUCAUGCUGAUCAAAUUCAAGGUUAUAUUGAACAAUCUAAAUGGAAUUUACCUUGGUCACCUUUUAAAGUUAAUACUAUAAUGAAUUUAGAAUCAAGAUCAGUUGGUGAUGCAAUGAGAGAUUUAGAUAAUAGAGGCUUAAUUACUGGUGAUUUCUUAUUAGUUUCAGGUGAUGUUGUUACAAAUAUUCAAUUUGAUAAAGUUAUGGAAGCACAUAAGGCAAGAAAAGCUGUUGAUAGAGAUCAUAUUGCAACUAUGGUUUUAACAAAAGCAAGUUCAUUACAUAGAACAAGAUCACAUGCAGAACCUGCAACUUUUAUAUUAGAUAAAACAAAUAACAGAUGUUUAUAUUAUCAAGAUAUACCCCCUGCAGAUGGUAAAAAAGAUUCAGUUUCAAUUGAUCCAGAAUUAUUAGAUGGAGUUGAUGAAUUUGUGAUAAGAAAUGAUUUAAUAGAUUGUCAUGUUGAUAUUUGUACACCACAUGUUCCUCAAAUUUUCCAAGAAAAUUUUGAUUAUCAAUAUUUAAGAAGAGAUUUUGUUAAAAGUACAUUAAGUUCAGAUAUUUUGAAAAAAACUUUAUAUGCAUAUAUUACAGAUGAUUAUGCUGCAAGAGUGGAAAGUUGGCAAACUUAUGAUGCAAUUUCUCAAGAUAUUUUAGCAAGAUGGGCUUAUCCAAUUUGUCCAGAUUCAAAUUAUUUAACUCAACAAAGUUAUUCAUAUGAAGCUAAACAUAUUUAUAAAGAAGAAAAUGUUAUUUUAGCUCAAUCUUGUAAAAUUGGUUCAUGUACAGCAAUUGGAUCAAAUACUAUAAUUGGUGAUGGUACUUAUAUUGAAAAUUCAGUUAUUGGUAAAAAUUGUAAAAUUGGUAAUAAUAUAACUAUAAAAAAUAGUUAUAUUUGGGAUAAUGCAAUUAUUGAAGAUAAUUCUAAAUUAUCUUAUUCAAUUGUAGCAAAUGGUGCUAAAAUUGGUAAUAAUACUAUCUUGGAAAAUGGUUCAGUUAUUGGAUUUGAUGUUGUUAUUUCAAAUGAUAAAACUAUUGGAAAAGAUACAAGAAUUUCAUCUGAACCUGUUGAACGUAAUGAUCAAAGUUUUGCUAAUACAUCAGAUGAAGAUGAAGAUGAUGAGGAAGAUGAUGAAAGUACUCAUGCAAUUCAAUCCAAGAUUGAUCAUCAAGCCAUUGUUGGUAUAAAUGGUGUUGGUUAUGUUUAUGAAUCAGAAAUUGAAGAUUCAGAUGAUGAAUUUGCUAAACCUGUUAAUUCAUUAAUGUAUAGUUUAGGUGAAUUAACAUUAUCAGAUGAUUCAAUUACAUCUGUCACUCAAACAAAACAAAAAAAGAAAAGAACAAUGUCAACAACAAGUUAUCAUACAGAUAUGGAAUAUGAAGAAGAAGAAGAUUUUGAUAAAGAAGCUGUUGCUACAGUUCAACGUGCAAUUGCUGAAAAUCAUGAUUUAGAUACAGCAUUAUUAGAAUUGAAUACAUUAAGAAUGAGUAUGAAUGUUACAUAUCAUGAAGUUAGAUUAGCUACAUCAACUGCAUUAAUUUCAAAAGUUGAUGAAUUUAUUAUAUCAGGUACAUUACAAAUUAAAGAAGCAAUUUAUAAAUUAUUUAAACAUUGGGGUAAUUUAUAUAAAAGACAAGCAUUUGAUCAAGAAGAAGAAAUUGAUUUAUUAGAAAUUUUGAAAGAUUUAACUUUGACAAAAGAUUAUGGUAAACAAGCUUUAUUUCAUAUAAUAAGUGUUUUAUAUGAUUCUGAAAUUAUUGAUGAAGAUUCAAUUUUAAUUUGGUGGAAAAACGCUAAAGAAAAUUAUGAAAAUGAAUAUGUUUUAAAAUUUAUUGAUUGGUUAGAAGAAGCUGAAGAAGAUUCAUCAGAUGAAGAAUAA